GCUUCCCUGACUCCCCUGUAGGGUUCGCGGCAGCCGAGGCGGGAGGAGCCGCGCCCAGUCUGCCCUCCCCACCCCCACCGCGCGCGGAGCGUUCUGGCUCCCAGACCUGCCGGGGGCUGUGGGGCGGCGCCGCCGCGGAGGAGGGGGGCGGCCCCCCAGGGCUAUUGUUCUGCGGGGCCAACAUGGCGGGCGCCUGCUUCUCCCGCCGGGAGGUCCUGGCCGGGCGGCCGCCGGCGCUGCUCGCCGCGCGGCGUGAGGAGAGGUAGAGCCGCUGCCAUGCCUCGCCCCCGCCUGGUGGGGGAUGGACCCGGCCCGCAGCCCCUCAGUGUGGGGACGGACAGGGGAGGGCAGAGGGGACUGCUGCCCCCCCAGUGUGGGGAGCGGGGGUCAGGGCAGGACCCGCUGCCCCCCCAGUGUGGGGAGCGGGGGUCAGGGCAGGACCCGCUGCCCCCCCCCCAGUGAGGGGACUGGAGAGGGGUAGUUAGGACAGGACCCGCUGCCUGUCGGGGACGGGGCGCUCUGGACAGGACCUGCUUUGCCUCCUGGAGUCAGGCCGCCCUGUAAUGGAAGAAAAUGGAGUUGACCAUGACGUCAGCAUGGAAACAUCUAAAGACUUACUGGUAGUCAACUGUAAUAGUACAGGAGAGUCAGAAACAGAUGACCAAGUGUUUCAGCAUCUAACCUGCAUGGAUUCCAGGGAUCCAUCAUUUGAACAGAAUGACUCUUCAGCAGUCUUGCCCAUCGCAGUGCAUGUUUCAGACAAUUCGUCUGUGUCAUCGAAUACACCAGUGCAGCUAUCCCAGGCUCAGCCUCUUUCCACAGAAGAGUUCCAUCUGGUAGACCAGAAUGGCCAGCCUCUCUAUGAACUACAGUCACUGGGGGAUUCCAGUACACAGAUGAUGAUUGUUGCCAGCCAGUCAGAACAUGGACAGGUGCUACAUGUAAUUCCUUCGACUCAGCCAGGAAUGGCACAAGUGAUUAUUCCUCAAGGGCAACUUUUGGAUGUCACCAGCAUGCAGGAUGUUUCAAAAGAGAAACGCAGUGACGGGAACUUGCAGACAGUAGCAGUGGCUGCUAUCGCAGACAGUGCAAGCAGUUACAUACUUCAUCCCCAAUCAUCUCUCACCAUGUCCAAAAAGACAACAACCAGGGUAGUGGAAGACCUUUUUCCAGUCCCUCUCCAGCCGCUGCCCCCAAACACUCCUACAUGGGCCCGUCGUCUCAGGAACUGCGAGAAAAUUGGGGACUCGUACCGCGGCUAUUGUGUGAGCGAGACAGAAUUAGAGAGUGUUCUAACGCUACACAAGCAGCAAACACAAAGUGUGUGGGGGACACGCCAGUCUCCAAGCCCAGCCAAACCCGCCACACGGUUGAUGUGGAAAUCUCAGUAUGUCCCAUAUGAUGGGAUCCCUUUUAUCAAUGCAGGAAGCAGAGCCAUUGUGAUGGAGUGCCAGUAUGGGCCUAGGAGGAAAGGUUUCCAGCCCAAAAAAACUGGCGAGCCAGAAAAUGCCUCCUGCCAGCUGUACAAAGCCACUUGUCCAGCACGGAUCUAUAUUAAAAAGGUUCAAAAGUUUCCUGAGUAUAGAGUUCCCACUGACCCCAAAAUUGACAAGAAAAUCAUAAGAAUGGAGCAAGAGAAAGCUUUCAACAUGCUGAAGAAGAACUUGAUAGAUGCUGGAGGGGUCCUCAGAUGGUAUGUGCAAUUACCCACCCAGCAGGCCCACCAGUAUCACGAAAUGGAGACCUGCCUCCCUCCUUCACCGUCCGCUUUCCCCACAUUGUCUCCUGAGGAAGAGGAAGAUGCAGUGAGAGAUGAGAACUGUACUUUGCCCUCCCGACUUCACCCACAGGUAGCAGAUAAAAUCCGAGAACUGGUGUCUCAGGGAAUAGAACAAGUCUAUGCAGUGAGGAAACAACUAAGAAAGUUUGUGGAGCGAGAAUUAUUCAAGCCUGAGGAAGUACCAGAGAGGCAUAACUUGUCCUUCUUCCCAACUGUGAAUGACAUCAAGAACCACAUCCAUGAGGUGCAGAAGUCCCUGGGAAACGGGGAGAUGGUGUAUAACUCAGAAAGCAUCCCAGCAACGCUCCAGUGGACCACAGACGGUGGGAAUGUUCUCACAGAAACAGUGACUGUUACAUUUGCCUCACCACCUACAGAGGGGAGUUCACCAGGAGAAUCAAUCAUCACCAAAGUGGAAUCCAGUCAGACUGGGGAGAAGUUGCCUCCAGAGACAGCUCAGCUGUUGUCCUCGCUCUCGUCACUCCAGCCCAAGAUAUUUGCACAGCUUCAGGGAUUACAGCUGCAGCCAACAUUCACCUCCGUGGAUGGAGCAACAGCCCUGAUAGCAUUGAAGAAAAUCCAGAGGGUACCAUUUGUGUGGGCCAAGUUAAACAAGAACCCAGAGAACAAGCAUUGUCUGUGGAGGCAGAUAGAAUCAGAGACUGCCAGAACUCUGCCACUAUUUAAAUCCAUGAAGGCAUUAAGGAUUUGCAACUCAGAGGACUCUAAAAUGUCUUGGAAAAGAAGGCGGAUAUUCUCCAAACAAUGCCAUUCUUCAAAAUGGCAUUGUGACAGUCAGUAUAGGCACCAUACACUAGUUCUGACAGACAGCUGCUUUGAUUUACAGCUGAUACGGUUCACUGCCAAUUCCAGGUCAUUCAGUUCCCAUGUGGAACACCUCCUCCUUCUUCCCUUCCAAGUUUUGAGUAAUUCAGAUACUAUCCAGAUGGUCUAUUUUGCACAGUAUUUCAAUAGGUCUUCCAAAAUUAAAUCCCUAGGUUUUGUAAUAUGAAUCAGAAUGCUACUCUCACUAAUCUCUUUGAAACCCUCACCUAUUCUGCUACUCCGAAGACAACGGAAUCUGCCCUUAAAUGCAUCAACAAUGGCAGUCAUUUUGAGAGAAAAAUAAAGUCUUUGGAAAUCAAGAUGCAGAACUUUAAAAGUGCCAAGGGCAAUGGAUGCACGAAAAAUGUGGACUGCAUCUGAUAGGAAUGUUAGUGAUGGAAAGGUAAAAUUGCCAGGUGAAAAUAAAACUGAGUGAUGAACAGGAGUAGAUGGAUUGCAGAGUAGAAGAGGAUUAUGUUUUGAUGCAUUUAACAUUCUGGCUUUAUCAUGGGGUUUACUUUCUCAGCCUGCAGCCUUUAUUCUGAAAGGGCAGUAGCCAGCUGGUCAUAAUGAGUAAAUGAAGUAGUUGCAUCUCCUGUGGAAAGAUUGGUAGUAGUAUUUUAGCUUACUUAUCGUUUACAUUCAGAUAGGCCUAUGAUUUAAUAUGCUGAUGGUCAUGGCGUCGGUAUUAGUGAUACCAUGAUUAAAAGCAAUAUUCCAAAUCUGUAAGCCAUCUGCUGUGCUGAGAUAAGCAGUAGAAAAACAAACAAUAUACAGAAGAGCUGUCUUUGUGGUGGUCAGAAAAUCAAUGGGUCUCAAGUUUUGCCUAAGACAGCUGUUAGGACUGAACAAGGGUCUGUGUUGUUUCUUGUCAGUUGUGUUUCAGGAGCUAAUUGAAUUAAUACUAGAGGAAUAUUUUUUUCCUGCAUCGUCAAAGUCAAGUCUGUAACAAGCAGCAAGAACUGAGUUAUAUUUUAUGUGCCAGGCAGAAUUCGUAGUGAAUGACUCAUACUUACAAAUAUUUUUCAAUCAGUUUUAAGCAAUAAAGGAAAUAAAACUGAUGCAACAUAACUACCAAAUUAAAUAACAGUUGGUUUGCUUCAGAUGUUGUUUAUAGCAACAUUCAGAACCAUUAUAGGUUCAGCUCUACAAGCAUAUCCAUUAUUAACCACUAUUUCUAGGGAUUGAUAACUCAGCCAUAACAAUUCGCUCGUUUAUAUAACUUGCAAGAUCAGUUUGGCUAUGGUUUUACUUAUAGAUUUGCAAAGGAAAAAGGAUUACAAAUAUUAGUUGUGCAUAUAAAGGAUAAAAACGGUUCAGAUUGAUAUUAAUGUGCGUUCAAAGUAUGCACAAACGUCUUUAAAUAUUCGAAAUCUGAAAUAAUCUUGAAUUCCUUACUUUUGUGCAUUUAAAGCUAAAGAUCCUUGAAAUCUCCUAUUGUGCUUAGGAUCUCCAAAUAUCUUUACAUGCUGCAUCAGUUAAGGUUUUACCUCUAAAAAUCUUUUUACUCCAGAGAGUAUUGCUAAUACUGUUAACAUUGUUAAAAUCUAAUUUUUGUGGUUUAAAUGGAACGUUCCAACAGGGACCGCUCUUUUUAAGUAAGAGCCAACAUUACUUCAUGUGUGCAGUUAUAGAAUCUCCAUUUGUGUGGAGUCUCAUAGAUUGCAUUUAAACUAAUUUCUUUUGUGAUCUGGCUUAUACAUUUCUGUGUAGGUAAAUUCAGUGAUAUUUUGCUGUGCAUUUUGUAUUUCCGUUAAAAUUGUGGCAUCUCAUCUAGAAUGGAUGUUUUGUCCUGCUUCAUUUAUAGCUCUGGAGUGCAUAGCAUACAGAUUAUCUUUUUCUUUAAAAUUCGGUCAACAGUAUGUUAGAAGUUGAUUCUUCCUCCCACUCAGCUACUGUUGAAUAUCAUUUACCUUUUCCUGCUACUCUUACAAUUUUAGUUGGUACAUUCCAGGAUAAAUUAUCCUCCUCUGUAUUCUGUGAUAGUGACAUCGAAAUCUUGAUUCAGAACAGCAAAUUACUAUUAAAAAAUUACCAGUGACAGGUUUAAAAGAAUUCUAGAUUCCUGAUUAACGUAAAAAUCUAAGGCAAAAAUUUUGCAUUGAUUAAAUACCCAUCAAUUGUUGCUUAUUUCCCCAGUGACAAUGCUGAGGAAUGACUAUUCUUUUGCCAGUUACUAUUCCUCCUAAUAUAACACAUGAUCUGAUUCUACACUAAACAGGAGAAAAUUCAAAGGAUAUAGACUUUACUCUUGGUGAAUACAGGCUGUUAAAGGAAAUGGUCCUUUAGGCCAUUUUGAAUAGCAGAGAAAAGGAGUGACUUUUCUCAAUCUACCUUGAAUUGCACAGUGCCCUGAAAAGAAUCAAACCAGAAGAAGUUUUUUGUCAAGAGAGUGCAGAUAGAGAUAAAUUUAAAGGGGUCCGUUAUGAAGUGAAAGAAAUUACAUAUAAAUGUAAAAAUUUUAAUCUCUGGGUUUUGCCAUCCCAUAUCUCCUGUUUUUUAUUUAUAGAACAUUGUAAAAUAACUGUAUUUAAAAUAUUUCUGUGGAUGAUACUCAAAUUGUAGUUUCAAAAUUAACUUCAAAUUCUUUAAAUUCUAAUUCUUUUCCCUCUAAAUGUAUACUCUGGUUAUGUCACUGUUGUCUUUGCAGAGCGCAUAGUCUUUCCUUUUACAAAGUUAUGUUUAUGUUACUUGUGUUAUGUUUCGCACAGGCUGAAGUGAUCUGGCCACAUAGGCCCACUUGUACUCAAAUUGGUAUUUUGGUUCGCUAGGUUCCAAUUGAAGGUUACAGAUAAAAGGCCCGAUUCUCCUCUCAUGCACAUGUAUAAACUACAUGGAUUUCAUUGUAGUUACAUCAGUGUUAAACUAGUGUGAAUGAAAGAUUAAUCGAGCCAGGUGCUGUUCUGAGUAUGUUGCAUAGUCAUUUAAUUUGAGUUUACAUGUAAAACAGUUAGAUAUGAGCUCACAAUAGGCAUUAGAAACAUUUCUAAAGUUAACUCAGGUGUGCUCAAAACACUUGUUUUGCAAGCCUCCUAAUUCUGAGCUUCCACAGGGUUUUAAAUGAACUAUUUCUUCACCAAUCUUUUCUUCUUAUGUCAGUUGCUCACGAGGAGUGAUUGGUCCGCUUCAUAAGAAGGGCUGUGUGCAUGCAAAAAUUCUUGGUUAAAAUGCAGAAAAAUCACCUAAAAGACAUGGGUCCAUGGUUCUUAUUCAAGGCUGGAAACCAGCAAGGUUGAAAUGUCGUCUUUUCCUUUUUGUGCUGUCAAGACACAAGCUUGAUCGCGUGGUCUGAAGAAUCUUUCAGUUUGUAAAAAGUUUAAAGAGAGACAAAUCUAUAUAUAUUGUAACUUAAUGUAUAGUGUUCUUUGUUGAAAUGUAAACUUUUUUUUUUAAAGAAA